UCCCCGACGCGUUUCGUGUGCCUUGGCAUUGCUCGUCUGACUCCUGGGAGCACGAAUAUCCCUUUAUUUUCCACCUCGCCGGUGCUGCACAUCGCGUUUCAGGCUGCUUUCUCUCUCCCUUUGUUUUCUGGAUAGUGCACCAGUCUUAGAAACAGUAAUUUCUCAGCUUCGUUUGUUUCCUGUGGCUGUAAUGCUUGCAUUGGGUAACAUUUUCCUUUCCCCUUCCAUCAUCAAGGAAUAGAAACAAAUCUAGAGCUUUUCAAUGAUACAGUUCAUGAUACAAAUGUUUCAAUUCAUUGAAAUUGAUUUCAGUGAGUUAGUGAGACAAUAAAACAGCCUCGAUGCUGCAGGGGGAGCUGGAGAGGUCCCAAAGCUGAGGUGUAGUUUUUUUUCCGGCACUGGUGUGCAUCUGAGCAAAGUGUGCUAGUUCAGGCACCUGUACUAGCUUGGAACAAAGGACCUCUGAGGUGACUUACCUUGAAGGCAGAAGAGUGCAGUAAGGGGGAGGGAGCUGAAGCAGGGACUUAAACCGUGCUCCUUCUGCCAGCUAGUCAUUCAGAAGUAUCCCCAUCAGUCAUCUCCCUUUCUGGCCACUGUGGUGAAUAACGAAAAUAGUAUCUUGCUUAAAAAUGCAUUUACUAUGCAUCAUUAGGCUGCCACUAUAUGCUGUAUGAAACCUGGCCUUAUAUUUGAGAAUUGGCUGCCUUAAGUCAGUGUGCUGAGUCAGACUUCCCAAGUAACAGGUUUGAAGUACCUGAUUUCAUGCUGGUGGGUUUCAGAUCAGUGGGAAAUUCAGUGUUGACAGGCUGAGGUACUUACAGACACCCAGAGAAGUGUCACUUUUAAACACGCGGGAAAAUUGACCUUCACUGUCUUUUAAAUUUCAUGUCAAUGUCAGAUUCUCAUGAAGAUGCCAUCAACUUUUUGCACAGUCUUCUUACAUGUAUGUCUAAAAAUGGCAGAAAAGGGAACAGCUUGCAUGUAUUUCAAACGCUUUUACCUCAACAACUCAGUGAUGGAGUAUCAUCCUCGGAUAAUAAUGCUAACAUGUGCGUUUUUGGCCUGUAAAGUAGAUGAAUUUAAUGUGUCCAGUGCACAGUUUGUUGGUAACCUUCGGGAAAGCCCUCUUGGACAAGAAAAAGCUCUUGAACAGAUACUGGAAUAUGAACUGCUACUUAUUCAGCAGCUGAACUUCCAUCUUAUCGUGCACAAUCCAUACAGGCCGUUUGAGGGAUUUCUAAUUGAUUUGAAGACUCGUUAUCCAAUGCUGGAGAAUCCUGAAGUGUUGAGGAAAACGGCUGAUGACUUUCUCAAUCGAGUGGCUCUGACAGAUGCAUAUCUACUCUUUACUCCCUCACAGAUAGCUCUCACUGCUAUCCUAUCUAGUGCUUCAAGAGCGGGAAUUAAUAUGGAGAGUUACUUAUCAGAAAGCCUUAUGCUGAAAGAAAACAGAAAAUUCUUGGCCAAGUUACUAGAUAGCAUGAAAUGCAUGAAAAAUCUUAUAAAGAAAUAUGAACUGCCAAGGCCUGAAGAGGUUGCUGCUCUAAAACAGAAAUUAGAGAAGUGUCACAGUCCGGAGUUUUCACUUAAUACCAACCUGAAGAAGAGGAAAGGUUGUGAAGAUGGUGACUAUAAUGCAAAAAAGCCUAAAAUGGAUGAGGAAGAAUGGACGGAUGAUGAGCUUGUGGAUUUGAUGUAACCCUGAGGAUGGAAUCCUACCACUGCAGUAUCCACUGUCCUGUGAUGUGUAAACCUGUCUGCCAAAGGUUUAUGAAGCCUGUAGCAUGAGGUAUUUGUUCUGUUGCUAUUUAAUAUCUUUGCAAUAAAGCAUUUUAUACUGUUCAAUU